CUUACGGAGCAUCCGUUUUGAACAUUAACCACGUUUCCUUCUCUCUUCUUCUUUUUCUUUAUAAAAAAUACGCCAUCGUCCACACCGUCCAUUUAGCGAGAGUGUGUCUGGUGUGCGAGUGUGUGUGUGUGUGUGUGUUCAUCGCACAGUGGCGUGCCGUGGCUUCCAGUAGCGCCCACACGGCAACGUCUUCCGCCACAGCUGCUCAUCGUACAAUAUUACACGACAGCCACUCCUAUUAUAUUCCCUCCGUCAUCCGUAAUUCGAUUUGAAAGCCACCAGCGUCGUGCCCCAUCAGGACUUCCCUUUUACCGUUCAAGAGCAAGACGGGACUUUAUAUUUUUCUUCUUUUUUUUUUUUGAAAGCCACCACACUGCCAACAACAUGUCAGCAGGGAGCAAUUCCAAUUUCCUUUGGAUACUCAAAUCGUCGCUCUUUUUCAGUACGUCCAAGAAACUUUUUGCCAGUUUCGCUGGGCACAUCACCAGCAGCGCAUCGCACCAAUCACUUUCGGGCAAACCGAAUCGAUGUGAAUACGAGCAACUAUCGGCCGUUGAAGGCAACAACAACCGGACGGACAGGCAUAAGAAAAAUGGCAAAAAUAAAAACGAACGUCACCGUCGUUUCGGAUCUAUUGACAACGAAGGCAACGAAGACGACGACGACAGCAGUUCCAGCAGCCAAGAGGAUGAGGAUUCCGAUGAAGACGACGAUGAGGAAAUCGACAGGUUAACGUGCUGGGUCUGCGAGCGGGCAUUUAGUUCGACGCGCAUCCUGGAACGGCACAAAAUACGAGAACGUCAUUUCGGAUGCGGAACGUGCGACGCCAUAUUCCCGACACUCAUGGCUCUGGAAGCCCAUCAGGAGGAGGCGGAUCACUGGUCGAGCGACGAAGAAGACGACGACGAUGAGGACGACAAGGACAUGGACGGCCACAACUCGUCGGAGGACUCGCAGCUCGACACCGAAGACGAGAUGGAACUCGAUGGCAAAGAUCACCAACUCAAGAAGGAACGGCUUUUCCUCAUCUAAUCGACGACAUCACCAUGACGACCGGAGUCGAACCAUUCCUUUAGUGUUCCAUCAGCACACGAGAGCAGCGGCAACAGCUUUGAAUUAUUUAUAAUAUAUCGAAUGUACAAUAUUCCAUAUCUACUGGUCCACACCCGAAACCAAGCUAUGGCCCCACAAUCCCCUUCGCUUUGCAUUUUCAUCUCAAUGUCUGUAAUUCCAUUCUUCGCCCCCCACCCCCCAACUCUUCAACCAGUCACUCUACCCCUUCCUCGAGCGUGUGCGUGUCCGUAUCGCACGAAUGUCAUAAACAUUUCUUACAUUUUAUUUUAUUUUUUUUUUUUUUUGGCGACGUACUCACCAACACGCAGGCCGAUUUGUUUAAAAAAUGUUCCUCACCACACACACGAAAAAAGAUAAAACAAGAAAGGGCACACAAUAAAGAAAAAAAAAAGGGGGGGGGGGGGGGGGGAGCGGAAUGAUGGAAGUAGAGGCAUCGUGUUUGAUCAAGAGCCC